AUGCCGGGAAUAUUCCUCGAAAUCGACUCAUCAAUCACACCUGACGAUCCAUACACAACCAAAGUCAAUAGCCACCUUCAAUGCAAGUGGUCCAAUUGCGGCGACUUCUGUCCAACAGGGUGGACGAUGAUGACCCGCGAUGACAAAUGGAAUAAGACGGCAAACGAAAUUAUGCUUGAUGACACGGCCUAUGGGAACCUUCUUAACUCCACUAGGCUUUUUGAAAUAUGUGAGUGGAGCCAGUCGCCAGAGCAGAUUGCGGCGGGAAGUUGUGAAGCAGGAAAAUGUUCAUUCGCUGGCUCUGCAUGGCCUACGGACUUUGUUGAAUCUAGCACUGGCAGUGGUGCUGCUGUGUGUAACUCGGGUUGGAUAAGAGGUUACGACUCCCCCAAACCCGUAUGGUACUCUGAUCACCGCAAAUAUUGCUGCGACACAUCAGAUAAGAACAUGACUUGGGGUACAUGUACCUGGAGAUCUGACUAUGAAAGUAUCGGCACAAAAGGAAAAACAUGCAUGUCUGGGUGCCAUGACAAUGAAAUCAAAAUCGCUAUGGAGGGAAACGAGGAGUGUCAAGGCAAGGGCGGAGGAGCAAAGUCCUACUGCUGCACUGGAACCUACACAACCACAAGUCAGGUCCUGGUCCCUGAACUGGCGGACUAUGAAGACGACCUUUCUGCCUGGGUGAAGAGCCCUAUCUGCGGGGCCUCCACCGACACCGGGCUCAGCAAACGCGCGGAAUCCAAGAACCCUCACUACAAGCGAGUUCAUCGUCUUUUAGCAAUUCUGAUCCAGGGUAUUAUCAGCGCCCGCGACACGAAAACAAUGGCAUACUUGAAGGAUCUCUGGGACAAAUAUGUCAAGCAGGAGUGGAGCAACUUGACAUAUGACAACAUUGCUGCUUGGAUCAACGACGACGACAGGAAUCCCGAAGGACACAUAUACAGCCCGGAUGAAUUGGCCGACGACAUACUUUGCAAUGCUGAUGAGUAUAAUCGAAUUUUGGACGACAACUACUCCCGAUCAGACGAUAUCUGUGUGAGAUCUUGCGAUCAGAUCAGCACCAAGCGGAAUUUGAACUUCUCCAAACUGUCGAAGAGAAUUAUUGAGUUGUCCCCAGAAGAUUUGGGAUCAUCUUAUACAGUCACCGGGCAACCAACUUGGGGAUAUAUUGCUGAAACCAUCAUGAGGGGCCACAUGACCUUAGUAUAUGAGCAGCUCAUCUACACCAACAACCAUGAAAUGAUUUUGGAGAUUGUCUAUGAGCUUCCCAGUGAUGAUCCAGAUUCCAGAGAAACCGAUGAUGAUAGAUUUGCCGUUUGGCAUUUCCAUUUCGAGCAUUUGGCACUUCGGCAUGGUGUGUGGAGACCAGGAAUCUAUGCCCUCAAUGUUUUCCAUGGGCAGAACUACAACGACCGACCGGUAGAUUACCCUCGUGUGCGAAAUGAAGAACGGUUCGAUGGGCAGCCCCAAGCACGCACGCGAAUUUUGCAGUGCGAAACUGGGGAUGAUAUAACACCAAAUACCUUUUAUUGGUACCCUGGCGAGAUCCCUAACUCGCAAGCGGAUCAGCUCCCCGAUUGGGCGGAGAGGUUGACUCUAUUUGGUAAUUAUCUGUGGGAUCAGGAUCUCGUCACUGAGGCAACAUUCACCGAUCCAGCCAGGGGUCAACUGAACUAUUUCGAGCGAGAAGAGUCUGAAUGUCCUAUUCGGGACCUUGAUUUCGGAGACUAUACCCAGAGUAGGCAGUUUACUCCUGAUGGCAGGGUACUGCCAAUAAACCAGAGAGGAGGCUAG